UCUUUUUGUUGUGGUCCUAUGGCUUGUUGAUCUAUGCUUAUUUUGAUUUUUAUAUUCUUGCUUUUUUUAUUUUGCAGUUUAUGCUUUAGUUUUGUCUAUGCCUUUUCCUGUACUACUUAUAAUUUAUCGUUUUCUCCCACUUCUUUGUUCUAAAACAACCAUAUUUUAUAUUAGCAAAAAGAAAUAUAUAUAUACAUAUAUAUAUGUUAUAGCAGUUGCCAAUCAGUUCAUGACGUUUGAAUCUGCACUUUCUUGUUCUGUAUUUCUAAGAUCAGUUUCAAAAGUAAAAAUUUUGUCUUGUUUUAGUGAGCUGAUUUCUCUUGUAAGAUUCGCCUUUAUAAAUCCUUUCCAAAUUUUGUUAAUAAAUCUUUGGCUUCGGUACUGGUUACCCCUAUCCUUCCUUCAUUCCCAUUCACAUUUUUAGUUCUUGCUUGUUAAGGCCAUGUUUAUAGUGGAUACACUUUGUUGCGUGAUCCACACCAUAAUAAAGGGCUGGCUUUCACUGAGAAGGAGAGAGAUGCUCAUUACUUGCGUGGCCUUCUGCCUCCCGCAAUCGUGUCUCAGGACCUUCAGGAAAGGAAGCUGAUGCACAGCCUUCGCCAAUAUGAUGUUCCAUUACAUAAAUACAUAGCCAUGAUGGAUCUUCAGGAGAGGAAUGAAAGGCUGUUUUAUAAGCUUCUCAUUGAUAAUGUUGAGGAACUGCUUCCCGUUGUGUACACUCCAACAGUCGGUGAGGCUUGCCAGAAAUAUGGGAGCAUUUACAGGCGCCCUCAGGGCCUUUAUAUCAGUUUGAAAGAGAAGGGGAAGAUCCUUGAAGUAUUAAAGAACUGGCCAGAGAAGAGUAUUCAAGUUAUUGUUGUGACUGACGGUGAGCGUAUUUUGGGGCUUGGAGACCUUGGUUGCCAGGGCAUGGGAAUUCCUGUGGGAAAGCUUUCUUUGUAUACAGCAUUGGGAGGUCUUCGUCCUUCAGCGUGCUUGCCUGUGACUAUUGAUGUUGGUACAAACAACGAGCAGUUGUUGAAUGAUGAGUUUUACAUUGGGCUUAAGCAAAGAAGAGCAAGGGGGCAGGAAUAUACAGAACUUCUAGAUGAAUUCAUGAAUGCAGUUAAGCAGAACUAUGGGGAGAAAGUCCUUGUUCAGUUUGAAGAUUUUGCAAACCACAAUGCAUUUGAGCUGCUGUCACGAUACAGCUCAAGUCACCUUGUCUUUAACGAUGAUAUACAGGGUACAGCAUCUGUGGUUUUAGCAGGGCUUAUUUCAGCCUUGAAAUUAGUUGGGGGUUCUUUAGCUGACCAUACUUUCUUAUUCCUGGGUGCUGGAGAGGCUGGAACCGGAAUAGCGGAGCUUAUAGCUCUUAAGAUAUCAAAACAGAUAAAAUCUCCAGUGGAAGAAGCCCGUAAAAAGAUUUGGCUAGUGGACUCAAAGGGACUGAUUGUUAAGUCUCGUCUAGGAUCACUUCAACAUUUUAAGAAGCCUUGGGCUCACGAGCAUGAACCUGUUAAGGAACUUGUAGAUGCUGUGAAGGCAAUCAAGCCAACAGUUUUGAUAGGAUCAUCUGGAGUAGGAAAGACAUUUACCAAGGAAGUCGUCGAAGCCAUGGCAUCCUUUAAUGAGAAACCUCUCAUUCUUGCUCUUUCAAACCCUACAUCACAAUCUGAAUGUACUGCUGAGGAAGCCUACAAAUGGAGCAAGGGUCGAGCAAUCUUUGCGAGUGGAAGUCCAUUUGACCCUGUUAAUUAUGAAGGCAAAGUUUUUGUGCCUGGCCAGGCCAAUAACGCUUACAUAUUUCCGGGUUUUGGGUUGGGUUUGAUCAUCUCUGGUGCUAUUCGUGUACAUGAUGAUAUGCUUUUGGCUGCCUCCGAAGCUUUGGCUGCUCAGGUGAAGCAGGAAAACUACGAUAAAGGAUUGAUUUAUCCACCAUUUUCCAAUAUCAGAAAGAUAUCAGCCCACAUUGCUGCUAAUGUUGCCGCUAAGGUGUAUGAACUCGGCCUGGCUUCUCAUCUCCCUCGUCCUAAGAAUCUUGUCAAGUAUGCAGAAAGCUGCAUGUACAGCCCUGUCUACCGCAGCUAUCGCUAAAAUUCCUGCAAUUUUUCCUCCUAUAACUGCUCUGGUAUAGCCCUCUGCUCCGUUAUGUAGUUCAAUUUGGUCCUGGCAUUGCUUACAGGACUUGUAAUGUUAUACUUUUUGUUAGUCCAUUGUAAAAGGUUGAAUUUUUUUCUUAAUUCAAAUGAAAUGGAGUUUGAUUUUUAAA